AUGAGUUUAGAUAUAAAAAGGCUUAAAAAAGAUGAUUCUUGCUUUAGACUUGGAACGCUAGAAGAAAUAUAGAAUACUUUUAACUAAAUUGUGUCUGAUACAAAAUAAAUUAGUCACAGCUAAAUUGGAGAAUAAUACCAUCAAAAAUAUAUUUUAAAGGAUCCCUAUAUAAAAGAUAACGACUUUAACUAAAGUAUGUUCUAAUAAUUAGAUUCUGUUGUUAGCUUUGAAAGCGAAGAGCCAUAAUAAAUUUAAAAUUAAUUGCAAGUAGAGCAACCUAAAGAUAAACCUAGAAAAAUACUAAAGCUAAUCAAUAAAAAUGGGUAUUUAAUUAAAGUUUCUGAAGAGAUAGUUCAAAAUGAUAAAUAAAAUAUAAAAGAAAAUAAUUAACAAUGUUUAAAAAUAAAGAUGCCUGUUUAAAGGAACACAAUAUUUAGUAGUAAAGUUAAUAAUAAUUCUAUAAUUAAUAGAAAAAAUAGAUGCCAUUCAUAAAACAUAUUCUACUAAAAUUAAAAUGGAAAUCAACAAGAAGAUUGCUAAAAUAACUGUAUAGUACAAGAGUAUGGGGAAAAUUUGAUAUAAACAGUUUUUAAAUCUUUGGUCCUGAAUAAAAUAAAAUCUCUUGAAUAAUCUUAGUGCGAUUCAUCCAUAUUUAACUCUGUUUCUACCACAACUGCUGAUAUUACUUCUGAAAUAGUUAAAGAAUUUGGAAUAUCUACAUCAGUUCUUUAAGGAUUUAAUACAUUUGAGGGGAAAAAAAAUUAUAUAAUUUAGUAGAUGAACGAGACUUUAGAUAGGUUGCUAAAUAAUUUUAAAGAAAAAAUUAAUAAAAGAGAAACUAAAACUUAAGUUCUAGAAAAAGAUAUUUCUAAGUCUAAUGGUUUUAAUAAUCUUAAUGACCCUCAUUACUUAGAUUGGCUAUAAAUAUCUAGCAAGUACAAAUCUAUUAAUCUAAAAUUAAAAGAAAUGGUUUUAUUAUAUGUGAAUAAGUAUGAGAAUUCAGUUAAAGUUAUAGAAAAUAUGAAAAAAAAUGGGAUUAAAGUCAAACACCUUGCUGAUUAUGUAGAUUUGAAUACAGGAGAUUUAUUGAUGUAAGAGUAAUAAUAGUAAAUAGAUCCAUCUAAUCUAUUGAAUAAAUUGAUAAACAAAACUAAUGAACAUGAUAAAUGGAUUUAAGAAAUAGAGCAGACAAUUAAAGACAUGGAGUGGAAUGAAGAUCUAGAAGAAUAAUAUUAAGAAAAUAUAAGACAGUAAAAAAAAUAGUAGACAAAUCUUAAAAAACUAACAAAUGGAUAGAAUGUAGGAUUCAGUACUAACAUUUAUGCCAAAAUGAAAGAAGAGCAAUAGCUAUAAAACAGAGAUGUAUUGCUGAAAAAGUAUCAGGAAGGAGAUCAUUUAGAUGUGUCUUAAUUAUACUUUUUAGCCAAUACAAGUAGGCUGCUUAAUAAGUGUGUUGAUAAAAUUUAUGAACAAGAAAAAGUUAACACAUUAAGUGAAAAUAUCCUGAGUAACAUGGAGCUAAAAAUAGCUGAAGAUAUUAUCUAUUAGUAUUAAAAGAUAAAAAAGGGUUUAUCAAUAGUUAGAAAUGAGUAUUUGUAACAUAAGGCAAAGCAAGAUCAUGUAAAAUUUUAGAUUUAAAAGGAUUAAGAGUAAAGAAAAUUAAUAUCAGAAUUAAAUGAAUAGUACCAUAAAAAAAUGGUUAAGAUAUUUAAGUCAUAUUUAUCACUAAAGAAAAAAAAUGAUUAAAGUAAGUUAGAAAACCUUUCAUACUCAUCUAAGGCUCUUGUAAAAGCAUUUUCAAAUAAGCUUAAACUAAAAAGAGCAGUUUCAGUUGACCAAAGCUCGAAGAAAAUAUCAAUGAUAAAUUAAACUAACUUGCCUUAAAGUAAAAGUAGGUCUCUAUCAAAAUAAAGUGCUUUAAAAAAUAGCGAAAUAUCUUCUGUAAAUAACUAUUUGAUAAAAAACUUAUAGUAGACAGAGGAAAAAGAGCUAAAUAAAAGCGUACCAAGAGUUGCAAAUAUAAAAUCUAGGUCACUUGGAAAUAGAAUAAAAUCUAGUGAGCACCAUGCCCCUAGCAAAUUAUUUGCAUACGAAGAUCAUCUAAAGCCAAAAUAGUAAUAAGGAACAGAGUCUACUUAAAGAGGUCUCAGAAAGUAUUAUAAUUCGAAAAAAUAUGAUGAAUAAUAGUUAGAGAAAUAUGACUUAAAACUACAUGAUCACCCUUACCUAAAAAACCAGAAAUAGUUUAUAAAAUUUUAUUCUAAAGGUCCUGGAUAAAUUAUUAAUGAAAAAGAUAAGAUUAGAUAUGUAGAAAUUAAAAAUCCAAGUAAAAAGCUUAUAAAUAAUAUAAUAAUUAUUUAAAGGCUUAUAAGAGGAUUUUUAGGGAGGUUGAAAGUAAAAAAACUUAAACAAAAAAUGCUUGAUGAUUUAUAAAAUAAAAUAAAUUAAAUUUCAAAACAGUUUGCUUAUAACUAAAAAAAUUUAAAUAGGUCAAAAGGGUCUUUAAAUUAUUAAAUACCUUUGAAUAGGGAUGAGAGCAUAUAGACUUGCUAGAAAUAAAAUAAAACCUAUUUUUUAGAAAAUUCUUUGAAAAGAAGUUCAACGAUCAAAGACGAUUCAGUUGUAAAAAUUUAAACAAAUUAAUCUUUUGCUAAUAAAGGUGCAAAUAGAAUUUCGAAUAAAUCAACAAAUAUUUUUAUAACUCCUUUAAAAGAAAAAAAAUAUUCCCUUUAAUAAUCUGAAAAGCUAUAACAUACAAAAGAAAAUGUUGAUGUGAGAAAGAGCAUUUCACAGUAAACACUUUAAUAGGUAAAAACUGAUCUGCUUAGAUAAAGAUUAUAAUCUAUAAUUAUUGCAGGAGAAUCAGAAAGGAGAGCAGAACUUAAAAAAUUGAAUAGAGAUUUCUAAUAAUUAGAUAAAAAAUGUCAAAAUUCUAUAAUCUAUAAAAGUCUUUAAUCAAAAAGUUAGUCUCCAUCUUCUUCGUAAGAAAGAAAAAUUUCUAAGACUGAAAAAAAAAGAGCUUAACAAAGAAAGUAAACUCUUUUUAGAGGUGUAAUGAAUAAUGAUUUAAAUUAUUUGUGCUUAGUUGGACAUAGAUGGGAAAAAAGUGAUUUUAACUCAAAAGAUAAGCAUUUAAAUACUCCAUUAUUUUAUGCUUGUAAAUAAAAAAAUGUACCACUAAUAAAGUGGCUAUUUUCAUAAGGUUCUAAUGUUAAUAUCCCUUGUUCUGAAGGAAAUACACCAUUGCAUUUGAUAUUUGAAUCUAAUGAUUAUGAGUUAAUACAAUAUAUAAUAAAAGAAAAUGAUUAAAUUGACCUAAACGUAAGAAAUUAAUUAGGAUAAACACCAGUUGCUUUAUGCAACUAAGAGAUAAUAUAAAAAUUAGGCUUAGAGAAAGCUAUUACUGUAGUUUAGAGUUAAAUAAAAAGAACUAACUUUGAUAAUAAUAAGUUACUAAUUUAAAAUAAUAAUUGUAGCUUUGAAGAUAAGCUCAUAUAAGAUUAAUCUAGUAUAGUAUUUUCUAAUUUUAACCUCAAAGAAUAGAAAUCUAAUUUCAACCAUAUAAGUCACCAAAGAUUAGUUAAAAAAAAAUCAAACUUGUCUAUUUAAUCAUCUAUCAGCUAAACUUUUUCUUAAUCUAAAAAUAACUUUUGA